CACUGUAAUAACAUACAAUAACUGUAACCUUAGUAUAUUGUGGUUACGAGUUACCUAUCCAGUAUCGAACUCUGCAUUGCAAGUUUCAGUUACAAACGUACUCGGGGUUUGUUGUUCAUUCGCUUGGUGUGUUGUAUGUGUUUAUAUUGGUUUUCUGUGUAAAAACUACAAAAUUUUCAUAAUGAGUGCUGAAGAAGAAGUUUUACGAAUCCAAAAGAAAUUGAACAAGAUGUCGAGCGGUGACGGGACGGGACAAGAACAAGCAUUGGAAUUACUUAAAAUAUUACAAAAAUUGCCAGUUGAUUUAGAACUGUUGACAAAGACGCGAAUUGGAAUGACAGUAAAUGCAUUAAGAAAAUCAAGUAGAGAUGAAGAAGUUAUAUCAUUAUCUAAAACACUUAUUAAAAACUGGAAAAAAUUCUUAUCUGGAUCUAAUAAAGAAAAAGAUUCUACUUCUUCAAGUAGUUCGAAGAAAAAAGAUGAUAAAUCAGAAAAAAAUAAAGACGAUGGAGAUCAAAAAAAAGAUAAAGAUAAUGCAGAUGGAAGUGAUGUCAAAAUGAAAGAAGAAAAACCUCAUAAAGAUAAUCAGAGAAAACAAUCAACAUUUCCUGCUCCUACAACAACAGAUGCUGUAAGACUUAAAUGUAGGGAAUUGCUGGCAGCAGCUCUAAGAGUAGAUGGAAACACAAUUGAAGGCUGUGCUACUCCUGAAGAAUUAGCAGAAGAAUUAGAAGAAGCAAUUUAUGCAGAAUUUAAAAAUACUGAUAAUAGAUAUAAAAAUAGGGUGCGAAGUAGAGUUGCUAAUUUACGUGAUAUAAAAAAUCCUAAUCUUCGAACGAAUUUUAUUGCUGGUGCUAUUACACCUGCUAGGCUUGCUGUUAUGACUGCAGAAGAAAUGGCAAGCGAUGAAAUAAAACAAUUAAGAGAACAGUUUAAAAAAGAGGCAAUCAAUGAUGCACAACUUGCUACAGUGCAAGGAACGAAAACUGAUCUAUUAAAAUGUGGAAAGUGCAAAAAACGAAAUUGUACUUACAAUCAAGUGCAAACGCGUUCAGCUGAUGAACCUAUGACUACUUUUGUGUUAUGUAAUGAAUGCGGAAAUCGAUGGAAGUUUUGCUAAAUAUUUUUACUUCCAUAAUUUUUUCUGAUUGUGAAAAAAAUGGAAAGAAAAAUGUAUUUCGUUCAAGACUUAUCUAUUAAUAAUUAUUAUUAGAGUUAAAAGUCACUGAAAAUAUAUUUACCAUUCACAGAUUGCAUUAUACACUUAGUGUGAUUUUAAUCUUUUAAAAUAUUCAAUUUUUAUUCUAUUGUAUAUACUGGCAUUGUCAUUUAUAAAAUCUCAGCUUUAAAAAACUCAGCUUUAUCAAAUUAUCAAAAAGUUAUCAAUUAUUAAAUUAAAUAGAUUACUUUUAAUAUUUUUUUCUUGUUUUAAGACCAGCAGUCUUUGCUGCUAAAGACCUUAAUUUGUGAAUGAAAUUAAAUAUUUGACUUUGAAUUGUAUGAGUUUAUAUCUUAUCUGUGAAGAAUUCAAAAUUGUGGGUACACUUCUGAAAUACAUAUAUGUAAUUAUAAUGUAGUAUUUUUGGAACCCUUUUUAAUAAUAUAAUAUAAUAGUCAAAAUUAAGUUAAAAUAUUAAAAAUGUGAUAUACAUUGUGA